ACAUGACCAGAAACACAUUCCUUCUAAGCAAGACAAAACUCUCAUAAAUAUUUUCAGUAACAUUUACCACAUAGGUUUUUUCUCUACUCAACUGGGCAAUGCCUGAAUAAAUGGACAACCGUUUCUGGACAUCCAUAAAAUCAGUUUGCCAUCACACCUCCCUUUGCAAAGUCAACCAAACCGUUGUUCGAUCCACGCCCCUAGGAAUCCAACUCAGUAGACCGACAGCUCCGUACAGCCAAUCAGAUGACAUAACCAAGAGACAAUGAUCUCCCUUAACCAAUCACAGACAUCCAGAGGCGGCAAUUACGUGUGUUGUUACCACAGAGAUGAUGUUACGCGUUAUUUGGUUCUCAGUGUUUGUCCAGUGAGUCAACGGAGUACUUUCACUGGGUAUCAGGAGGAUUGUGUUGGGAAUUCAAACCGUAACGCGUACUACAGCUUAACAGCAAUGGUGCCAACCAGCUUUUGAAGUUUUCAAAGAAUGCAUCCAACACGAAGCCCUUCAUCCAUCCCGACAGGUGUCUCAGGAGAUGCCUUGGAUCUCAUAUUGUCAGGCUCCCAGCUAUCCAUGUCCAAGAGACCCAGCAGUGCAUCACCUGGGAAAUACUUCUCUCGGUCUGUGUCGGUUUCUGUGGCAAGUGACAGCAGAGGGAAACGCAACACCCUGAGCGAUGUCGGCUUUGGUAGCUCCCGCUCCAUCAAGAACCUUCGGCGGUCCAACAGCACCACCCAGGUUAAUCAGCAGGCCAACAUCAGUUUAAGUCAGGAGCAGAGUGAGGACUACCUGGCUCUGUUUGACAGCAGCUCAGAUGGACGCAAGAAACUGGCUAGCCUCAGCAAAGCCUCUCCAGACAGAACCACAUGGAACAUCCUGGAUGAUCAGCCCAGAACAUUCCCCCUUCACUCGAGCUCCCGCAGCACCGACGGUGUGGUCUCUCCCUCCGGCCCGAAGAAAAGAGAGCCUGGCAUCACUCUGGCUGCCACCUUCACUGCCAACAACAGGAGCAACAAGGGAGCUGUGGGGAACUCUGUCACCACCAUCUUACACAACAACUACUCUGAGAUACCACUCACGCCUAAGAGCUCCAACCAGAGGCCGUCCUUUAACAACAUCCUGAAGGCCACAGCAAACGACGAGGUUUCACAAGAUAACAGCUCCCUGACAAAGUCUCAGAAGAAUUUCUCUUCAACUUCCUCCACCUCAAACAACAACUCUCCAGUGUCGGCCCAGGGAGGCAGCCCCACCACGCCCCGAAGGAGGGAGGCCACUGAGGAGGAGGCCGAGAGGUUUAUUCAGCAGGUGAACCAGGCAGCAGUCGCUAUCCAGCGCUGGUACAGAAGCCAUGCCAAGAGGCGACACACUAACCAGGCAGCGCUCAAACGCACCCUUGCCAGUAGAAGAAAGGAGUGGGAGGAGAGAACAGAGGAGGAGAGUCACCUGGAGCAGCAGCAGAAAAAGGACGAAGACAGGAAACGGAUCCGAGAGGAGAAAGCUCGUCUGGCCCGCCUGGCUGCCAUCCAGGAGCUGCAGCAGAAAAGAGCCCAGCGGAGUGCAGAGGUGCAGUGUGCAGCUGAGGUGGAGCAGGAGAGCCGGAGGCAGACGGGUGUGGGCGGACGAAAGAAGCCACCCAGGAUUUCUCUGACCAACAAAAGCUCAGCCUCAACGAGCAACAACAACCCGAUGUCUCCCAUAGAUGUGAAAGCCAAGAACACAGACUCUAAUUUGAAUGUUGUUUCUGAAUUGGAGCUAAGCUUCAGAGCCAUUUCCCCAGCUCUGUCCAAUCACAGAGGCUCUCAAUGUUCCCAGGAUCAGGAGGACAGAGCAGAGGUCGAGCUGGAGCAGCAGCAGCAGCACAAUGACAGGAGAUUAAUUCGUAAAGAGAGAGCUCGUCUGGCCCGCCUUGCUGCCACCCAAGCAAACAUUUCAGAUGAACUGCAGCGGAGGGUUGCAGAGGCUCAGCACAUAGCUGUGGUGGAGCUGGAGAGCCUGAGGCCAACGGGUGUUGUCGGACGCAAAAAAACACCAAGGAUUUGUCUGGCUAACAAAAGCCCAGCCUCACCGAGCAACAACAGCCCAAUGUCACCAAUAGAUGUGAAAGCCAAGAACACAGACUCAAAUUUGAAUGUUGUAACUGAGUUCGGGGAGCUCUCCAGCUUCAGAGCUGUUUCCCCUGCUUUGUCCAACUGCAGAGGCUCCCAGUGUUCCCAGGAGAUCCUGCAGAGGUCAGUGAGUGUGGAGGACCAGCGUCAGGGGGCUCUGUCCAGCAGGACUCCAUCUAAAACCACGCUCAACGAGCUGCUGGACACCCUGAAGCUGCUAGAGUCGGAGCCGCAGAGGCUGUCGGAGCCAAAGUGCUACACUAAAGAGAAAUACGCCUGGAUAGAUGAGGAUGUGGACUCCAACUCUCUGACCACUGAUAACCUGGAGCGGCACGGUCAGCUUAGCCUCCACCCUGCACUGCCUGAUGGGGCCGCCCUGCUCUCUGAGGCCAAGCUGCAGAGCAUCAUGAGCUUCCUGGAUGAGAUGGAGAAGUCUGAACAGGAAAGACCUCGCUCUGUCACUUCAGGGUCACACAGAGAGGCUGUGCUGUCUGAGGAGGAGCUGGUUGGAGUGGAGCAGGCGUCUGCCACUGCUGCUGAGGUCACUGGCUCCAUGAUGCGAAUCAAGCUUCAGCUGGAGGAGAAGAAGCGCACCGUCAACAUGCUGCAGACCGCUCUGGCCCAGCAGAGGGAGCUCACAGUGAGACACGUGAAGGAGACGGAGAAGGAGCUGAACAGAAACUUCCAGCUCCAGAAGGAACAAUAUGAAGCCACCAUCGAGAGACACCUGACAUUCAUUGAUCAGCUGAUCAAUGACAAAAAGUCUUUGAGUGAGCGCUGUGAAGGAGUGUUGGGGGAACUGAAGCAGGUGGACCAAAAGUAUACCAAGAAGAUUGCACAAAUGCAGGAGCAACAUGAGAUGGUGUGGCAAAUUCUGGGUCCCUUGUGUGAGGAAAUCAAGAAGUUGAAAGAGCUAAUGAGCGCCACAGAGAAGAUCCGCCGGGAGAAAUGGAUUGACGAGAAAACCAAGAAGAUCAAAGAGAUCACUGUUAAAGGUCUGGAGCCAGAGAUCCAGAAGCUGAUCUCCAAGCACAAACAGGAGCUGAAGAAGCUGCGGACGCUCCACGAGGCGGAGCUGCUGCAGGCAGACGACCGCGCCGCCCAGCGCUACGUCCGGCAGUGUGAGGAGCUCCGCCAGCAGCUGGAGAGGGACAAGGAGGAGCAGUGUCAGCGAGAGAGGGAACUAGCCAAACAGAGAUAUGAGAAGCAGCUUCAGGAGGAGGAGCUGUCCCUGCAGCAGCAGAGGAGGCGGCUCUACAAGGAGGUGUCCGAUGAGAAAGAGAGGCUGGCUCAGCUGGCUGCAAGGCAUCGCAGUGAGCUGGAGGAUCUGCGGAGACAGCUGGAGGAGAACAACUCUCUUGCUGGACGAGCCCUCAGAGAAGAGCUGGACAAGACCAGAGAGGGACAGGAGAGGAGACACCAGUUGGAGAUGAAGGCAUUACACGAACGCAUUGACAUCGAAAAGCAGACCUGGGAAGAAAGCUACAAGAAAAAAGAGGAAGCGUGGCUGCUGAGCCGCGAGCGUGAGCUCAAAGAAGGUCUGAGGCGGGAGCGCGACAAAGAGAUCGAGCUCGCCAUCUGGACUCUGGAGGAGGAGACCAGCAAGGACAAAGAGGAGUGUGAGAGGGCAGCUGACAACAGGGUGAAGCGCGUGAGGGAAAAGUAUGAGACUGAGCUGAGGGAGCUGGAGCGCUCUGAGAGGGCGGCCGUGGAGAAACAGCAAGAGUUGAGGAAGCAUCAGAUGGAAGCGGAGGGAGAGCUGAUCAGACUGCAGGGCGCGCUCAGACAGAAGGGUCAGGAGACCCAAGACGUCACUCAGACCCGAGAUAAGCUGGUGGAGGAGCGCCGCAGCCUGGCCGAGGUGAUCAGGCAGGAGUUUGCAGAGCGGCUGGUGGUGACGGAGGAGGAGAACCGCAGGAUGAAGGUGGAGGUGUCAGAGGUGCGAGCUCGGCUACGGCUAGAGGUGGAGAGAGUCACCAGGGAGAAGGAGGAGGAGCUGGCAGAAGUCCACCAACGAGUGAAGUCGGCCAUCUUGAAGAAGGAAGAAACUGUCAAUAAUCUCCGAAAGCAGCACGAGGCUGCCCUGAAAAGAGCGGAUCACCUGGAGGCCCUGUGGGAGCAGCAGAGGAAGCAGCUGCUGGAGAAGUGACUGACAGGAGGGCUUCAUCUGUCUGGACCUCCCCCCCCCUCUGCUCUAAGCUCUAUUCUUUGUGUCGCACGAGCCCUCACCUGAUUUUUUUGUAUUCACUUGGAUGUUGUUCCUUCCAGCUAGACUGAACCUGUGGAACUACAGGAGGUGGAACAAGUGGCUGAACCCUGUCCUACCUCGUACAGAAUAGGGACAUGAACUGGGCCUCAAUGUUUAGCCCCGCCUCUCCAGGCAUGAAGGGAUGUGUUGUGUUGGAGCGUCCCUAAUUUAAAUGCCACAAACCAGGUGACACCUGAUGAAUAGAAAUGAAUAGACUAUGGUUGGACUUCGCUUUCCUCUUCUUCCCUUUUUCAAAAGGAGGAUUGCUGCAGCUUUUUGUGACUGUACUUCCCCCCCUUUCCCCCUCCCUCUUGAGCAGGAAUGCUUCAAUGUUCCCCACAGGGCUGCCACAUAGAACAGUUCCAGAUGUUUGUGAAACCAGCCCGGGCCUGUGCUGGUGUAAAGUGGGAGAUGGACCACUUCAAACAAACCAUUGGGCAUCAGAGCGGCUAUAAGAGCUCCUGUUUGUACUCAUGCUGCCCCCUUUUAUCUGCUUGAGUCAUGCGUUUUGUCCCAGUGCCCCCUCAAGGCGAGUGCUAAUUACAGGAUCUAUAACAUGGCCUCGCUCUGAACAGUUUGUUAUGUGUGUCUCAAACCAAAGGUAAGAUCCAACCAAGACGUACGAAGUGAUUUAUCAACACUGGUUACACACUAAAGUGUGAGUAGAAUGUUGCGAGAGGGACGAGUAUGUAACUAAAAGGAAAUAAAAAGGACACGGCAUGAUUGAGGCGGAAGACGGAUGAUUUUUAGAGAAAGUUUCUGAAUGUGGGGGAGAAGGAAGAGGAGAGAGGAUCGGGGGUGCAGGGAAGAAGGAAUGCACAGAGAAGAUGUUUAUAGGAUUAGGAGAGCAGAGGGUGGUAGGAGAGUUUAAGGGGGCACAAGGCAUGUGACCAGAGGCAUGUUAAAAGCCAUAUAGCUUUCGCCCGCUCCGAUCCAGAGGCUGCACUGUGACAAAACGCAUCAAACUCAACCGGCAAGAGGGGGGCCUCGAGUCACACACACAUGUAAACGAUCUGCGUUUUGGAUACUCUGUUUCCUAAUCCUCUCAGGAGACACCUCCCCUCAGCACUUCAAAUCUGCAUUUUAUUAAUUUAGUUUUUUUCCAAUUCCUUAACCCUUACAAUGAUUAGGGUUGAAGCCAGGCACAAAAAGUCUUUGUGGAUACAAUUUCAGCGAGAACGGUCCAAAGCAUGAGGUAGCGAGGGGUGUGGGGCUGAAACAAGAGUUUGUUCUGCAGAGAGAAACUCUACAGCUGGAAGUAAAGCCUGUUAUUUAGGUGCAACAUGAUGUGAUUGUUCAGGCCCAAAAUUAGACCCUCACAUCAGAAAAUAUUUAUUCUGUUCCUUUUUUCUUUAUUUAUUUUCCAAUGUAGCACUGUUAAUGACCUCUUGUAGUGUUAUCGGUCCUCAGAAAGGUCAAGGAUUUGAAGUAUUUUUUUUUUCAAAGCUAGUCGACACAAUUAGUGUUUUUACAGUUACUUAGCAGAACUGCUAACUGCCGUGCUAAAACGUUAUAACUAUGCCAUUAGUAGAUGGUUUAAAUACAGUAUGUCCGGUUUUUCUGACAUGGAAGUCGUCCGAGCCACAAUGUAAAGGGUUCAUAUGAAGUGUAAUGUAGUGGAAGGGUAGCAGUAACGUAGUGCAGCUUUAUGGGUAAUGUAGUUUCUGACCUGAGGCGUCAUAUCAGAUUGUCACAAGAGCCAAAUACCACUUUCAACCCUCCUAAAUGUAGGAGAAUGUAAAAUAAAUAUACGUUUUUAUAUAAAUAUAUCUUUUCGUGGUUAUGUGUCACUGUGAGUUUCAGGAUCACUUACUGAGAUUCUCUGAGUCAUGAGGAAUUGUUUGUUGGCAUUGCUCACGCUCUACCGUCCUACAAGUGGUUAUAUGCCUUGCCUUGUGUGUGUUUGUGUGCCACCACUCCUUCCAUCUUGACCAGAGAUGUACCUUUUUUUUGUUUUUAUUUAUUUUAUUUGUAACUUUGUAUACAAACCAUUCCAGCUGUCAUCGGUUAUAGCUUGUUGAAUUUCUACAUGUACCAGUAUCUCUUGACCUCACUGUUUUCCUAUCUUGUUUUAGUUUAGUUUUUAUUGUUAAUCAUGGCGAUGGUUCGAAAAACUGUGAAGAAGAUGGUGACUGAAGAGAGAAUAAAAAGCAAAGACUGCUGGGAAGACGCGCUGUGUUUCUCAUUUGUGUUCGCUAUGUGAGAACAGACAAUUGUUUGCUUGUUUCUGACACCCGCCCUCCCAUCAUCCCUUGCUCUCUCAGACCAUAACUCACGGGUUGGGAAAGAAGAAGAAGUGUCUUUAA